AUUCCCGCCCAAUAAAACGCCUCUGUUUCCUUCAUAUUUUGCUUCCCCUCAACCAUUCUUUCUGAUUCUGUCUGAUAUCAAUUCAUUACAUCAUCGCCUCUUUCCUCUCUCCAAUCGUCGAGCUCGUAAAGGCCUAAAAUAUUAUUUACUAACCCGUUGAAACAAAAGGCAAUUUUCUCAAUCGAUCUGGACAGACCAAUCGAUCCAUUGUUUAAAUACUAAAGAGAAGAAAAAAAUGGGAGCAUGUGCAAGCAAGCCUAAGGUUUUGGAAGGUACCGCUCCUGGAAAAGUUCCGGCGCCAGAACUGGCCUCCAACGGUAAUGUAGCAGAUGUGGCGGCGGAAGAAGGAAUUGUGGGUGAUGAUAAACGCCAGUCUCUCGGUAAUUUGUUCAAGAAGAGCGAAGAAGGGAAAGACUCAGAACAAGUAAAAGAGGAGACAUCUACCAUACAAGCUUCUGAACCAUCGGAACCCCAGACAGAAGAAGUUGUGACGGUACUUGAUACCCAUAUAACGACUGACACAACAAAAGCAUCAGAAGUAGAGGUAUCAAAGACAGAGACCCCAGAUGCUAAAACAUCGGUUGAAAAGGCAACAGAAGAAGUAAAAUCAGAAACCGAGACUCCUACAGAGGAGAAAAGGGAGGAAGUAAAAUCAGAAGCAGAGACUCCCUCGGAGAAGAAAGUGGAGGAAGAAAAAUCAGAAACAAAGAAUCCCACGAAAAAGAAAAUUGAGGAAGUAAAGUCAGAAACAGAGAGCACAGAGGCUUCGGUAGAGAAGAAAGAAGAGGAAGUAAAAGAAGCAGUGGAGACUCCAUCAGAGAAGAAAAUAGAAGAAGAUCCCGUAACACAGGAAACAAAAUCUGAAGCUCUAGUGGAGAACAAAACAGAAGAGAAGCCAGCUACGGAGGCAAAGAAACCUGUCAUUGAAGAAAAGAAGUCAGGCAAAUUUUGGUGGGACAAGUAAAUCAUAACGCAAAUGCUUGGAAGAAAAUGGUUCCUUAAUUACUUGAAGGGUUGCAUGUGUGAUUAAUUCAGAUGGUAUGUCAAUGAUUUCAUGUUGAACAAGUUGUUAUGAGCAAAAUUUAAUAUUUCAUUGUUUAAUAUUAUCAUUCUCAUUAUCAUACUAUAUUUUCAUCU